UCAAAGAAUGAUGUAACCCCACCACCGAGUAGCAAGAUAUCACAGAUAAACCACCAGGCUGUAUGGUGUCUUACCUUUGCCUGUCCUGAAGGAGACCAAUCAAAAAACACCAAACCAAUCUUCGUAAUCAACCACCAUGUCAACAUCAAUCGCAAGAUAACCGGGAAGGAAAAACAAGAUGGCGUCAGAACAAGACGACUGGCUAGACAAUUCCCUUCAAUACAAUUUAACAAGAUACCAGCCCAUAGAUAAAUUACUUCCAGAAGUGUCAGAUACCAGAUUAAACUACAGCUUGAGCGAUAAUGUAACGGAUCUUGGUUAUUCAAAUUUCACUUCGGACGACUACUGCUUGUCAAAUCACUCCCACGUUUAUUUGAACGUAACUUGCGAGUUUCCCAUCAAUUAUGCGGAACCUAUGUAUGGAUACAUCGCACCGUUCCUGCUCGCUACUACAACUGUCGCGAACACCCUCAUCGUGGUGGUGCUUUCCCGGCGCCACAUGAGAACUCCCACCAACGUGGUCCUCAUGGCGAUGGCUCUAUGCGACAUGUUCACGAUGCUGUUUCCCGCACCGUGGCUGUUCUACAUGUACACCUUCGGGAACCACUACAAGCCUUUGAGUCCGGUGAGAGCUUGCGAGGCAUGGCAUUACAUGAACGAGGUGAUUCCAGCGAUGUUCCACACAGCCAGCAUCUGGUUAACGUUGGCGCUUGCUGUUCAGAGGUACAUCUACGUGUGUCACGCGCCGGUAGCUAGGACGUGGUGCACCAUGCCUCGAGUGAAGAAAUGCCUCAUCUACAUCGGAAUAGCGGCGUUCCUACACCAGCUGCCAAGGUUCUUCGACCUGAAAUACGUCCCACACGUCACUGUGUGGCGUGGACACUUCGAGGAAGUCUGCCGGGUUGAAAUGGCACCUUGGGUACACGCAGUGACUCUCGACGCCUACUUCAUAACCUACUUCGCAUUCCGUGUACUAUUCGUCCAUUUAAUCCCAUGUACUUCCCUAGUAGUACUCAACGUCCUACUUUUCCGGGCGAUGAGAACCGCGCAAAUAAACCGGCAGAAGUUAUUCAAGGAGAAUCGAAAAUCCGAAUGCAAACGACUGAGAGAUUCGAAUUGCACAACCCUAAUGCUCAUCGUCGUUGUAACAGUAUUUUUAAUGGUAGAAAUACCAGUCGCCGUUGUAACUAUACUGCAUAUUAUAUCUAGUACGUUAGUAGAAAUUCUAGACUACCAUAUCGCCAACAUACUCAUUUUGGUGACAAAUUUUUUCAUUAUCGUAUCGUAUCCUAUAAACUUUGCUAUAUACUGUGGAAUGUCGAGACAAUUUAGGGAGACUUUUAAAGAGCUAUUUAUAAGGGGCGCGGUGACAAGUAGAAAUGGAGGGUCAAGUAGAUACUCCCUAGUGAACGGCCCUAGAACCUGCACUAACGAAACUGUGCUUUAAAAACUUAAAGCUGUAUAUAGAACGACGAUUUUUCAUGUGUUUUCACGUUAUUGUUUGUCUAUUUUCAUAUAUAGACAUAUCAAUAAAUGACACAGAAAUUGGAGGGAAAAUUUUCUAUAUUGCCUGUGGUUGUUUGCUUUUUUUAUUAAGUGUGUACCACUAUAAAAUAUCUUUAACUUGUAAGUAGUGUCAUAGAUUAUAGAAUGGUGUUGUAAAAUAAAUUGAAGAUACUUUUUCGCGACUGUGCUUUUACCUGAUCGAACAGUAAAUAUUUGAUAAAUUUUUAAUAUUCAAAUAUAUAUGUUGUCGGUGUAAUUUAGUGUUUUAUAUUUAUCGAUGAGCUAAUCCCACAGUCCAUAAAUGGUGAGCCCCCAUUAGGAAAAGUAUCUAUAUGUGUAAAUAGUUUUACUUUUUAGUCUGUAUUUAUAUAUUUUUUAUUUCUGUAACUAUGCUAAAGUGUAAAAUAAACUAAGUAGUUAUUGUAAAUAAUGUUGUACAACAGAAAAUUAUAAUGAUCCAAACAUUGUAUAUCUUAUUGGAUUAAGUAUAUUAAAUUAUAAAUGAUAGUAUCACAUAUUUCUGUUAGAUGUUAAAAAGCUUUUUAUGCUACACAGCAAAAAAUUGCAUUAAACAUUGUAAUUACUUUGUCGCCUGGCUAGAUUGGUCUUCAAGGAAGUUGUUCUUUAAGGGGGAUACAUACUUAAAACUCGCAACGCGAUCCGUUAAAAAUGACAGCCUUACGUCUUAUGCCCGAAUUUACACUAUUAACAACUGACGCUAUGGUGUUGGGCGUUUGGUCGCUCGUUUAAAGAGUAUGUCUCUACCUUUAUUCUAUCUAGAUGGAAUACUUCAUUUAAAUCAAACUAUCUAGACAGCCAGAUGGAUAAAUCAUUUAAAUAUGGAAAACGAAACUUUUAUAUGUUGUAAGAGGACCAUGGUGAAUUAAAAUCUAUGGUAUAGUGAAUACGUUACUACUAUAAUAAAAAAUUUAAAAAAUAUA